CUCCAGACAAAUAAACAUGGAGUCCAUCUUCCACGAGAAACAAGAAGGCUCCCUCUGUGCUCAACAUUGCCUGAACAAUCUCUUGCAAGGGGAGUAUUUUAGCCCUGUGGAAUUAUCCUCCAUUGCACAUCAGCUGGAUGAAGAAGAGAGGAUGAGAAUGGCGGAAGGAGGAGUGACUAGUGAAGACUACCGUACAUUUUUACAGCAGCCUUCUGGAAAUAUGGAUGACAGUGGUUUUUUCUCCAUCCAGGUUAUAAGCAAUGCCUUGAAAGUUUGGGGUUUAGAACUAAUCCUGUUCAACAGUCCAGAGUAUCAGAGGCUCAGGAUCGAUCCUAUAAAUGAAAGAUCAUUUAUAUGCAAUUAUAAAGAACACUGGUUUACAGUUAGAAAAUUAGGAAAACAGUGGUUUAACUUGAAUUCUCUCUUGACGGGUCCAGAAUUAAUAUCAGACACAUACCUUGCACUUUUCUUGGCUCAAUUACAACAGGAAGGUUACUCUAUAUUUGUUGUUAAGGGUGAUCUGCCAGAUUGUGAAGCUGACCAACUCCUGCAGAUGAUCAGGGUCCAACAGAUGCAUCGACCAAAACUUAUUGGAGAAGAAUUAGCACAACUAAAGGAUCAGAGAGCCCAGAAAACAGACCUGGAACGAGUCUUGGAAGGAAGUGAUGGGCCAGGAAUGUUAGACGAAGAUGAGGAAGAUUUGCAGAGGGCUCUGGCACUAAGUCGCCAUGAAAUUGACAUGGAAGACGAAGAAGCUGAUCUCCGCAGGGCUAUUCAGCUCAGCAUGCAAGGUAGUUCCAGAAAUAUAUCUCAAGAUACUGUACAGACAUCAGGUACAAAUCUUAGUUCAGAAGAGCUGCGGAAGAGAAGAGAAGCCUACUUUGAAAAAGAACAACAGAGCAGGAAGAUGCAGCAGCAGCAACAGCAACAGGAGGAUCUGCCGGGACCAAUUUCACAUUCAUGUGAAAGGCCGACCACAAGUUUAGGAGCACUUGGGAGUGAGCUAGGUGAUGCCAUGAGCGAAGAAGACAUGCUUCAGGCAGCUGUGACCAUGUCUUUAGAAACUGUUAGAAAUAAUUUGAAAACAGAAGGAGAAAAAUAA